CAUGUGACUUCUUCCUGUAAACAUGGCGUCCAGGCAAAACAAGCCGUCUGCGGCUCGGAGUUUUAUAACGGUUUUAAAUGGUUUAGCGGUUUUAUCGUGUUUCUGUUUUCUGUCUGCUGGAGCUGAAAUACGAAGCGCUGUGAUUGACAAACAAACCGGACAGCUGUCUGUCAUUGAGGGGUAUCGGGGAGAUUUUGUGGCUUGGGCGAACUUCACCGAUGACAUAGACAAAUCAGGCUGGUCUUUCUUGGAGGUCACUACCAGCAGUCAGUACAAUGACAGCAUCCAGGCUUAUGCUGCUGGAGCAGUGGAGGCUGCUCUCACAUCUCAGCUCAUCUAUAAGCACUGGAUGAACACUCUGAUGGGUUACUGUGGACCCUUCACGUCUGAAUCUGCUUACUGCACACGUCUUAAAGCUUUCAUCGUGACCAAUCUGCAGUGGGUUCAGGAGCAAAUAGAAAAGCAGCCAAGUUCAGCCUACUGGUACCAGGUGCGUCUGGCACUGCUGCAGCUGAAAGGCCUGGAGGACAGCUACAAUGAUAUGCUGGCAUUCCCCUUAGAGUCGUUCUCCCUCAACCCGCUUGGCUUCCUACUUUUCCAGUUGGGUGGGGAUCUGGAGGACUUGGAAUCGGCUCUGAACAAAUCCAGUCAAACACGUCCUCUUGGAUCUGGCUCCUGUUCUGCUCUCAUUAAGCUGCUGCCAAACAAUAAGGAGCUGCUGGUGUCACAUGACACCUGGAACAACUACCAGGCCAUGCUGCGCAUCAUGAAGAAAUAUAUGUUUGCCUUUAGAGUUUCUCCUUCAGAUGAGGAUCUUCUUCCAGGAGGGACUCAGGCGUUCUCCUCUUAUCCAGGAUCAAUCUUCUCUGGAGAUGACUUUUAUAUCAUAAGUAGUGGCUUGGUUACAUUGGAAACCACCAUUGGCAACAGUAACCCUGCUCUCUGGAAGUUUGUUCAGCCCAUAGGAAGCGUCAUGGAGUGGCUGAGGAACAUCGUGGCUAAUCGACUGGCUUCUACCGGCAAAGAGUGGGCCAAGAUAUUCUCCAUGUACAACAGUGGAACGUAUAACAACCAGUGGAUGAUUGUGGACUAUAACCACUUCACUCCAGGGAAAACUGACAUUAAAGAGGAUCUCUUUGUUGUUCUGGAGCAGAUUCCGGGAUUCAUUGUUUUCACUGAUAAAACUCAGGAACUACUGGAGAAAGGGUACUGGGCAAGUUACAACAUACCGUACUAUGAGGACAUAUUCAAUGCCAGUGGCUGCAAUGAGCUGGUUGAGAAGUAUGGCCCGUGGUUCUCCCUGGACCAGAAUCCUAGAGCUCAGAUAUUCAGAAGAAACCAGACAGCUGUCACAGAUGUGGACUCAAUGGUUCGCCUUAUGAGAUAUAAUAACUUUAAAGAAGACCCAUUGUCAAAGUGUGAAGGCUGUGAUCCACCUGCGAAUGGAGAGAACUCUAUCUCAGCCCGUUCAGACCUGAACCCGGCGAAUGGAACAUAUCCGUUUGGCGCCUUAAGGCAGAGGUCACACGGAGGAACGGACAUGAAGAUGACCUCCUACGAGAUGUUUCGUGACUAUGGUAUGGUGGCAGCUAGCGGGCCAACAUGGGACCAGGUGCCACCCUUCCAGUGGAGCACUUCCCCUUACAAAGACCUGAUGCACAUGGGACACCCUGAUAUUUGGAAAUUCAAGCCUGUAAAAGUUGCCUGGUCUACCUAAUUGUUUUCAUGCAUACAUGAUCAAUGUAAAUACUGCUGCUGUUUAAUGGUUUGAACAAAAGGGAAAUAAUACUUCGAUUCAGUGUGACAUGACUUUUAUGAGCACAAUAGUCAUGUUAUUGAUUCUCAGGAUAAUGGAAAUAAUAUUCAGAAAGUAUAGCAGUGUUACAGCAAUGCACUUUGUUUAAUUACAGCACACAAGGUUAAAGAAAGCUUUGCAAGAAUAUGAUUAACAGCUUCAAAACCUUGAGAAUAUUUCUGAAUUUCACAUUUUCUUUGCUAAAUAUGUGAAAAUUUUAAUUCCCCUAAAUUCUGCUUUUCGGAACUGUAAAAUGUUUCAACAGAACUACCCAUUUCUUU